AUGUCUCCCGAAGCAGACAAAGAUCCAAAGAAGUCGCCGCAGGAGCACAUCAACGACUUCUGGACCAAGUUCAUCACCAAGACCCCCAGCAAAGUCACCCGGAUCUUCCCCAUCGACUUGCAUGCAGAUAUCCUCCCCCCAGCUGAAGAAGAGCCGGUCUUAUCCUCUCGCAACGUCGCCGAGGGCUACGAAGCAACGGCUGAGAAAUGCAGACAACGCAUCCGCCGCAUCGUGCGCGACUGUAACCGCACGAACGAGAAAUUCGUCGACCCCGAUUUUGAUCUCGAGACCGACAGGUAUUUAAACUUGUGGAACUGCCUUCGCGGACUUGCUCGAAACGAAGAUACUAAACCAGCGGACGAGAACGAGUCUGUUGAUGAGGAGGAGGAGGGAAGCGGCUUUCCAGGCUCAGUGCACAGAGUUGAUUGGAUCUUUGAGCGGCCCGAAUUCACGAUCGAUGGGUACUCGAGUACAGAUAUCAAGCAGGGAGCCAACGGCGACUGUUGGUGGCUUGCGGCCGUGGCGACGAUCUGUAACCGGCGGGACCUGAUGGACAGGUUGUGCGUUGCGCAAGACCCAGAAUGCGGCGUGUACGGGUUUGUGUUCUACCGCGACGGAGAAUGGGUGUCGACCGUGAUCGACGAUAACUUGUACUUGACGAACGAGGACUUUGAUUUCAACGGGGACUGGCAUGGGAGCGUGGGCAAGAAAGCGCGUGAGCAUAGAAGGAACCACCAAACGGGCUCAGAAGCUCUCUACUUCGCGAAAUGCUCGCACCAGAACGAGACCUGGCUGCCGUUGCUGGAAAAAGCCUAUGCGAAGAUCCACGGCGACUAUGACGCCCUCUGGGGCGGGUGGUCGGGAGAGGCCGUCGAGGAUAUGACGGGGGGUGUUACGACGACGAUUGCGACAAACAGAAUCCUGAAGAAGAGCAUGCUGUGGAAGGAGCUUGUAGAUCCGGAAGGGGGCUUUGUUUUUGCUGCCUCAGCCCUGGCAGCUGGUCGUGAUUCGGCUCGAGGAGGUCUGGCCAUGGGGCAUGCUUAUUCGAUUAUUCGCGCGACGGAGCAGCAGGAUGAGGAUGGAAAUCCAGUGAGGCUAGUCCUGAUCAGGAAUCCAUGGGGCGAAAGAAAUGAAAAGGGAACGGGCGAGUGGAAUGGACCAUGGAGUGAUGGCUCACGAGAGUGGACGCCCUACUGGCUGGAGAAGCUCCAGCAUAAAUUUGGGGAUGAUGGCAUAUUCUGGAUCACAUACGAGGACAUGCUAUCGACCUUUGCCUUCCUUCAUCGAACCCGAAUCUUCGACAAGAAGUGGACCAUUGUCCAGCGGUGGACCAGCGUCAGCGUCCCCUGGGUUACAGGCUUCCUUCAAACCAAGUUCGACGUUGAUGUCAAGAAAGCUGGGCCGGUGGUUUUUGUGCUUUCGCAGAUCGACAAGCGCUAUUUCCGAGCCCUGGAAGGGCAGUAUGAGUUCGCGCUGCACUUCAUAUUACGAGAGAAGAACGCAAAACCCGGCGAGCAUCUAGGACUGGUCCGACCGGUUCAUUCCUGGGAAGAUCGAUCCAUCAGUGCCGAAUUCGAACUUGAGCCUGGGAGAUACGAAGUUGUGCCCAAGAUUAUCGCAACAAGAGACCCCAAGAAGAAGAUGGUAGAAGAUGUGGUAAAGGCUCAGGUAGAGAAAAAUUCGCAGAAGUUGAGGCAGAUUGGCCUGAACUACGAUCUGGCGAAUUCAAAACACGAGCUGAAAGGCCAGAUGGAAGCCAAGGCUGACAAAGAGAACAAGGAACAGAAGGUCGAGCAAGAGAAGAAGCACGACGAAGAUGGAAGCCAGAUUGAGAAACUCGAGAAGGGAGAUCUUGCGAGCAGCACCGACCAAGAUGUGAACGGUAAAGAGGCACACGACGCAGACGGCCAGAUUGUUGGUCAAGUUGACGCUCUAACUCUACAUGGCACGUCUGAUGUUGAACAGAAUGAUAGGGAAGAUAAAAAAGACGACGACAAGGGCAAAGAGAAUAACAAGGAGGAGGAACAUGCAAAGGACGAGACUCAGGCACCUGAGACAGACGACAACGGACCUGGGCCAUGGAACGCAGUCUGUGUGAUCGGCUUAAGGGUCUAUACCCAAGACCCUGAAGUCACCAUCGAGCUGGAGAAAGCGAAAGACUCGAAUGUUGUGUGA